UGACUGCUUAGUUCACCAACUCAGUCACAAUGGCAGUAAAACACUUCUCAGUCGACUACAACACGAUUAAUGAACAUGGCACUUUUUCAGCUGGGGAUACUAUCACUGGGCGGGUCACUUUGGAAGCAUCCAAGGAGACCUCUCUCCAGUCUCUUUUUAUCAAGGCAAAAGGGAAAGCUGAGGUGAAAUGGACUGAAAAUGAGGGUGAAAACCCUGUGGCCUACAGUGGCAAGAAGAAAUACUUCAGUAUUCAAAUAUUGUUGCAGGAAGGGAAGGGGGAUGGCUCUGAAAUAAUUUCUCCUGGGAGACAUGUGUACCCUUUCACCUUCCAGAUUCCAGCCAAAGAAAUGCCUUCAUCUUACAUGGGAAAAUGGGGCAAAAUCUCCUACUAUUUGAAGGCCAAGUUGAUCAGGACGCUUUGGUUGAUAGACAGAGCCAAGACAGAGUUCACGUAUCUGUCAAAGACUAAUAUGAUCAUUCCUGGACUGAGGGAGCCCCAGUAUGGUUCCAAGAUUCUAUUCUUUGCCUCUGGAAAUAUCUCUAUGGACAUUCAUAUUGAGACAAUGGGGUAUCUAUCAGGUGAAGCAAUAAAAAUCCUUGUUGAGAUACACAACAACUCUACACGCACAGUAACCCCCAACUUCUACCUAUGUGAAGAGCAAAGCUUCUUCGCCAAGCAUAAAAGGAAAGUCUACACCAAUGACAUCAUUAAAGAGAGAGGAGAUCCUGUUACGGCUUCUACAAGACAGACUGUGACCAAAGUGCUGACUAUCCCUCCACAACUUCCUGUCUCCCUCCUAGACUGCUCCAUACUGAAGUUAGAGUACAGACUGAAGGUCACUCUUGACGUCCCAAUGGCCAAAGACCCAGAGGUUACACUUCCCCUGGUUAUCCUCCUGGAUAAAUCAAUAGCAGCUGAGGAACGGCAGCAGGAAUACAGCUGGUCUAAAUGAGUUCUCAUGCUCUAGAACUUUGGCAUUUACUAAGUAUUUUUUAAACCUCAGAUUUUGGGCUGGAUGUGUCAAUGUGUAGUUCAUACAUGCAUAAUCUAUGAGCAGGGGUGGGGAGUAACGGAUUACAUGUAAUCUGUUACAUGUAACUGAUUCCAGAAAAAUAUAACUAUAAUCCAUUACCAGCUAAAAUAUUGUAAUCAGAAUAAAAAUACAGAACAACAACAAAAAACUAGAUGAUUACUUCUAGGAUUCAUUUUAAAUUCAGAAAUUCAGAAACGUUUUAAAUUCAGAAACAAAUGUUUGCGAAAAUGUUACAAAAGAACAGGAAUAGUUUUUUG